AUGCUGGUAAAAGCUGGUUGGUCUAGUGGUGUGCUGGUAAAAGCUGGUUGGUCUAGUGGUGUGCUGGUAAAAGCUGGUUGGUCUAGUGGUGUGCUGGUAAAAGCUGGUUGGUCUAGUGGUGUGCUAGUAAAAGCUGGUUGGUCUAGUGGUGUGCUGGUAAAAGCUGGUUGGUCUAGUGUGCUGGUAAAAGCUGGUUGGUCUAGUGGUGUGCUGGUAAAAGCUGGUUGGUCUAGUGGUGUGCUGGUAAAAGCUGGUUGGUCUAGUGGUGUGCUAGUAAAAGCUGGUUGGUCUAGUGGUGUGCUGGUAAAAGCUGGUUGGUCUAGUGGUGUGCUGGUAAAAGCUGGUUGGUCUAGUGGUGUGCUGGUAAAAGCUGGUUGGUCUAGUGGUGUGCUAGUAAAAGCUGGUUGGUCUAGUGGUGUGCUGGUAAAAGCUGGUUGGUCUAGGCAUCAG